UUUUUUUGCCACAAUACUGUCCGCAAAAUAUUCCGCAACUUGAUUGUCCGCAAUUUCCUAAUACCCCCUAACCCCAAAGUUUUUUUUUGUGUUUCAUUUUUAGUUUUCGAAUGUAGAGAAUAUUAUUUGGGAAGCUUUUCAUUGGAUGAACAAAUGCCACUGUCUUUGCUUUUUGCUAUUAUCUUUGCAUUACUGGUAUCCAUCAAUUUUGCUAUAUGCGAUAGAAGCGUUUUGCGUCCAAAACGAGGGUCGGAACGGAAUAGCUGGAUAACUGAGGACGCAAAUAAUUGGGUUUUUGAAUCGACUGAAUCUAACGAGGAGAUGACUCCCCCAACAAUCUCUACUGAUGAUUAUGUCUUCGUAGGUGAUAUGGUUUUUGAAAAGCAGAACAUAGCAGAAGAAGACUCGGAAGAGGAAGGGGUGCAAAAAAGUGUCAUUAAAGAUAAAAGCAGGUGAAAUAUUUUUGU